AUGGCGGCCAAUCAGUCCGCGCGACAGCAGAAGCGGUCCCGACCCAGCGAUGCGGCCGAGAAGCCCGUCCGGUCAAACGACGAACGAUCAAAGAAGCGCCGAGUUUCUGGCGCCAAUGAGAGCCAGAGCCCUCAGUCAAUCAAACAAUCCAAAGCUGUGACGGUAUCCGGCAGCGAAAUCCAAACCGAAGAUGCUGAGACUAAGCAAAAAGCCCCCGCGCCGUGGUCCUUCUCUCGCCCGAUCGGUGGCCGUUAUACCAACCUGGAUCCCAUCUUGACUGAGGACGAAACAUCCCUCUUGGUCGGACUUGACACGGCCGUUCAGGUUAUCGCAACAUCUACCUCUCGCAUUACACGCACAAUUCAAUUGGAGGCAGGACAAACAAUUAUUGGGCUUAACAUCUGCCCUCAAAACCAAGACAAUCUCUAUGUGUUCACCUCGGCAGGAUCUAUCAGCAAGUGGAACUGGACCACCGGGAAGCGGAUUGCGCGCUGGGAAACUACAUCCAAGACAAUUGCGACCAGCUUGGCUUCGAUUGGCAAGGAAGAAAACAAGUCUUCUCUGUGUUUUUCUAUCAUCUCGCCAAAGGGCGGCAAGCGACAAAUCUCGGUCAGCCCGCUCGGUGAUGAGAAAAUCCAAGGUGUCACAAUUCUCGAGACCUCCCAAAAGCUCAACUUCAUCAAGGUGACCCGUAAUGGUCGUGUGGUUCUUGCAAGUGACGGAUAUCAUCUAUUCUUGGGUACUUCAAGUGGUCCAGAGCUCGAAAAUCUCGCGACUGUGCAAUAUGCCUGGCGCGAGGUGAUACUUCCUGUCCAGGGUGUCAGCUAUGACAUCCAGGGCUCAGAAUCGAUCGACCUGGCUAUCGGAACGGCGAACGGUUCUAUCCUUAUUUACCAGAAUAUCUUGGACACCCUUUUCGGCAAGGAUAGCGGCGAAAAGAAGGCAGCGCCCAGGAAGUUGCACUGGCACCGAGAGGCUUGUAACACUUUGCGUUGGUCCAAGGAUGGAAACUAUAUCAUCUCAGGCGGUAAUGAGGCAGUUAUGGUUCUUUGGCAAAUGGACACCGGCCGCAAAUCAUUCCUCCCCCAUCUCUCUUCCCCCAUCUGCAACAUCGUUGUUUCAGCAAGCGGCAGCUCUUACGUCAUCAAGCUAGCUGACAACUCCGUCAUGGUUCUGUCGACAAGAGAGCUGCAGCCUAUCACCUCCAUCACAGGUUUGCAACUGUCCCCAGACGCUGGGGCUUCCGUUGAUUCGCCGAACGGAUCUGUCGUAGCAAAGCUACACCCCCAACAACCCGAGAGACUGAUCGUUUCCGUCCCAGCCUCUCACCAAUUCAGUCAAACUCAACAUGGCUCUCAGCCCGCAAACGCGGCUGUCCUUCAGACUUAUGACAUCCGCGCCAACUCCAGCAUCUCCCGUCAAGCUCUUGCGCGCACCAAUGCCACUACAUUGAACAUUGGCCCCGAAGGUACCCGGGUCAUUGCUCCCGAUGUCAAGCACUUGGACAUUGUUCAUGACGCAAAGUGGAUGGCUACAGUCGAUUCCUGGGCCCCACACACCCAGGACGUGGAGGCCCUUGAUCGGAAAGCCGGCUCUCUCCACCAGGAGGUCUUUCUGAAGUUCUGGAAGUGGGACGCUUCAAGCGAUACAUGGGAGCUUGUCACACGUGUCGAUGGUCCCCAUUACUCUGCGAAGCACCAUUCUAGCGUUCUCGGCCUUACUUCCCGCCCAGGCUCCCACGAGUUCGCCACUCUCGGCGCAGACUCUACCCUCCGCUUCUGGUGCCCAACUAUCAAGCACCGCAGUGGUCUCAAGGCCAAGGAUCAACCCCAGCAACCUUUGAACACAUGGAAGUGCCGCGGUGUCGUUGACCUCAAGGGAUGUCUUGAUUCAGCUCAAGAUUCACCUCUCAAGUCUGCUUGCAUGUCAUUCUCCGAGGACGGCUCCGUCCUGGCUGUCUGUCUGCCCUCGACUUCCGCAGCAAACGAUGGUCUCGUUCUUCUGGUCGACGCCCGCAACUGCGCUGUGCACUACCGCCGCACAGGCGUCUUCCUUGGAAACCCCUGCUCCACUAGCUUCCUUGGCGGCCAAUUGGUCAUCGCCUCUACCCAUUCCGUCGCCGCGUGGAACACAGUCGACGACGUCGUCCGCACCAUCCAGUCUUCCGACUCUGUCGACUCGCACGGCACCGCUAACACCAUGAUCGCCGUGAACGCGCGCACCAACUCACUAGCAAUUGCUUCCGCCUCGGCACACAAGAAGAAGAACAAGGCUCGGUUCGAAAUCAAGAUCUACGACGCCUCUUCCUUCGAGGUCGUUUUCCAGGAAGCUCUCAAGAACGCACCGGUUUCCCUGCUCGCGGAUGCUUAUUCCGGUGACUACAUUGUUCUCGACAAUGCCGCCAUCGUUCAGCGACUCGGCUGCCUCGACAAGGCGUCUCAGAAGAGCCAGAACAACCAGUCUCGUGACGUCACCGGGCAGAUCGAUAGUGGGUUGUCGACUUUGUUCACCCGGUCGGAGAAGCCUGUUCACGCUCCCACCGAGGACGUGGCUGACUUCACGGCUCAGACCAAGGGUCUGUCUAAUGUGUUUGGCGAGACUCCUUCGUUCUCUCUGCCUGCCAUUGGAGUCCUUUUCAGGAACGUGGUUCAAACCCUUGGUGCCAACUAA